CCUCACCUCUUGCCUGUUACAAUGUUCUAUCCUCAUUCUGCCGCCUAACAAAAACUCGGCCAUCCAAAUACCCAAGAUAAAAAGGGGACUUUGAGUCCUCGAAUCUCACCGGCAGGGCGGGACGGAAACAUCGAGACCUGUGUCAUUGUACAGGCUGUCAGUCAUUUCAUCAGGAAAAGAGUCGCAAACAAUGUCAAAACGGCGCGCCGAAGAAUCACUUGAGGAGACAUUGUCGGUGGAUUCUCCUGCUCCCAAAAAAGCCAGAGUUGAAGACGGCGAGGAGGAAAAUGAAGCCAAUGGCACAUCGACGAACGGUCAUCGUUUGAUGCCACUACGACCCAUUGACAGAGAAAAGGUCGAUAUCCUUGGUGGAGACGAAGCUUUACAUGAAGAGCUGGAAGAGGCGGGAGCAGAUAUCGAUGACGAAGAUCAAGCUGAGGAUGCACCCUCAUCACGGCAAAAGGCGCCUGUAGAAGGCUACGACGAUCUUUAUCUAGACACGAUAGACCGUAAGGUGCUGGAUUUCGAUUUCGAGAAGUUGUGUUCGGUCACGUUGUCUAAUAUCAACGUAUAUGCGUGUCUCGUUUGCGGCAAGUACUACCAAGGGCGCGGUCCAAAGUCGCAGGCAUAUUUCCAUGCCUUGGAGGAGGACCAUCAUGUAUUCAUCAACAUGGAGACCAAAAAGGUUUACGUGCUUCCCGAAGGCUAUGAGGUCCACAGCAAAAGCUUGGACGAUAUCAAGUUCGUCGUCGACCCGCGUCUGCCGAAGGAGGAAGUAUUGCGAUUGGACAAGGAGCAGAAGCAAGCGUGGGAUCUUCUAGGGAGAAAGUACGUACCCGGGUAUGUGGGCAUGAACAACAUCAAGGCGAACGACUACUUCAACGUGGUCAUGCAUGCAUUAGCACAUGUACCACCCAUCCGAAACUACUUUAUGCUAGAGGACCUGAGCUCAAAAGCGACGCUGGCGCAACGAUUCAGCACGCUCGUGCGCAAGAUAUGGAAUCCCAAAGCAUUCAAGUCGCACGUUUCGCCACAUGAACUGCUCCAGGAGAUUUCCAUGCGGUCGAACAAGAAAUUCACCUUGACCAAACAGUCGGAUCCUGUGGAGUUCAUGUCAUGGUUUCUGAACAAUUUGCACCUUGCGGUUGGGGGAUCAAAGACGAAACCAGGGUCAAGCAUAAUACAGAAAGUCUUCCAGGGAAAUCUGCAAAUCGAAUCCCAGCUCAUAACGGCGCGUGCGGAUGCGGGCGAUCGUCUCCGAUUCGAAGACGCGGACUCCAAAAUCGAGAACACGCACUUUAUGAUCCUUACUCUAGAUCUACCACCCGCGCCGCUUUUUCAGGAUGAAUUCGAGGAGAACAUCAUACCGCAUGUGCCUCUGUACGGACCGGGUGGUGUCCUCAACAAGUACGACGGGCUCCAAGCCCAAGAGCGCAUGAAUCAUCGCCGCCGCUACCGACUCCUGCAUCCGCUGCCGCCUUACCUACUCUUCCACAUCAAGCGCUUCAGCGUCAACAAGUUCAUUUCUGAACGAAACCCCACUAUUGUAACAUUCGAUCCCCAACGGCCGCUCGACAUGGCGCCGUACACAGUGCCAAACCCUGCACUGCAUCCACACGGCGAGCCCGUACUCUACGAUCUCAUUGCGAACAUCACGCACGAGGCUGUCAAGGUCAGGGAUGACAGCGUGGAGGGGGAAGCGGAGAAGAAGGUGUGGAAAGUCCAAAUCCUGGAUCGGACAAGGGAGGAAUGGAUGGAGAUGCAGGAUCUGUUUGUGGAAAGGCUCAAUGUCGAGCUGAUCAGCACAAAGGAGAGUUACAUACAGGUGUGGGAGAGGCGCAGGGGCCCGAAGAAGCGAUGACGGCGCUGAAAAUGAGGGCGUUUGCGAUUCACUGCGCAGAGAUAUAUAGCAAUGUAGGCCAAAUCGAGACCUAGCAGGGAAAGAGCUGAGCGUCGAUGUUGCGGCUCCCCGCUGGAAAAUCAAGGCAGAGGCCGGUGCUGGAGGCACAACCUGUGGGCCUGUUGAGUGUACUGUCGUCCGACUAGCCUUUCAUGCGGACGCGUGUCUUGCGUUAAGUGCAGGUACAGCAAUGAAGAUGAAGAGUCGAGAUCAACACACGUGACUUGCGAUGCGGCAACGCGAUGAAAGGUCCAAGUGAAUUCGGUCUUCGCCGUCCAUCCG